AUGUACGGGAGCGCGAGAACAAUCAGUAACUUGGAAGGUAGCCCUUCCCGGUCACCUCGCUUGCCGAGGUCUCCUCGUUUGGGUCACCGGAGAACCAGUAGUGGAGGCGGGGGAGGAACGGGUAAGACAUUGUCCAUGGAAAACAUCCAGUCCCUUAAUGCAGCCUAUGCAACAUCUGGACCCAUGUACUUGAGUGACCAUGAGGGAGUUGCGUCUACGACUUUCCCCAAGGGCACGAUGACUCUUGGCAGGGCUACAAACCGAGCUGUGUAUGGGGGUCGAGUCACAGCUAUGGGGAGCAGCCCCAAUAUUGCAUCCGCUGGUCUCUCUCACACCGAUGUCCUUUCCUACACUGACCAGCAUGGGGGUCUAACCACUUCGGCUCAUCAUCACCACCACCAAGUCCCUUCCAUGUUGAGACAGGUGAGGGAUAGCACCAUGCUGGAUUUGCAGGCUCAGCUCAAGGAGCUGCAGAGGGAAAAUGACCUCCUUCGCAAAGAGCUAGACAUCAAGGACAGCAAAUUGGGGUCCUCCAUGAAUAGCAUCAAGACAUUUUGGAGCCCUGAACUCAAGAAAGAAAGAGUCCUGCGCAAAGAAGAGGCAGCCCGCAUGUCUGUUCUCAAGGAGCAGAUGAGAGUCUCACAUGAAGAAAAUCAGUUUUUGGAUGCCAGGAGAACAAAGCACUUGCAGUUGACCAUCCAGGCUCUUCAAGAUGAGCUCCGAACCCAGCGAGACCUCAAUCAUCUCCUCCAACAGGAGAGCGGCAACCGAGGGGCCGAGCACUUCACCAUCGAGCUGACGGAGGAGAAUUUCCGUAGGCUCCAAGCUGAGCACGAUCGCCAGGCCAAAGAGCUCUUCCUCCUGAGGAAGACCUUAGAAGAGAUGGAGCUGAGGAUCGAAACCCAGAAACAGACCCUCAACGCCCGGGACGAAUCCAUCAAGAAGCUCCUAGAAAUGUUACAGAGCAAAGGUUUGCCUUCGAAAGGCAUGGAAGAUGACAACGAGAGGACUCGGAGAAUGGCUGAGGCGGAAUCUCAGGUGAACCAUUUAGAAGUGAUCUUAGACCAGAAGGAGAAGGAAAACAUCCAUCUGAGAGAGGAGCUGCACCGGAGGACCCAACUUCAGCCAGAACCGGCAAAGACGAAGGCUCUUCAGACUGUCAUAGAAAUGAAGAGAACACCUUGUUUUAAUUUUGAUCGAGAUUUGAUAUGGCAGGACACCAAAAUUGCUUCACUGGAGCGAAACAUACGGGAUCUGGAAGAUGAAAUCCAGAUGUUGAAAGCCAAUGGUGUUCUGAACACAGAGGAGCGUGAAGAAGAGAUCAAGCAAGUGGAGGUUUACAAGAGCCAUUCCAAGUUCAUGAAAAAUAAGGUCGAUCAGUUGAAACAGGAAUUCUCCAAGAAGGAGUCGGAACUUCUCGCCUUACAGACCAAGCUUGAAACCCUCAGCAACCAGAAUUCAGAUUGCAAGCAGCAUAUUGAGGUGCUCAAAGAAUCGUUGACUGCCAAAGAACAGCGGGCGGCCAUCCUGCAGACAGAGGUAAGAGCCAUCAUGCUGCAGAGACUGGGCAGAAUGGACUGCUUCUGGCCUGGCAUGGUUGGGGCCAGAACAUGCAGUAGCCUGGACGCUCCACAGGGUGGCGCGGUGCGGUCGGGAGAAGCCCCGAGGCAGGGCUGGCCUAGAAGUGGGCUACCGAAGGCCAGCUCGGCCCAGCUCCUGGGCUCGGCCCUGCAUCUGGCCGCCCUCCCUCGCCUCCGGGCCCUGCUCAGCCCUCCUCCCUGCAUCCGCGUGAAGAGAACGUUUCCAUCUUCAUUUGGGUCCAUCCGUGCCCCAGGGGCAGUUUUAGAGGAGGGGACGGUGGACGCCGCUCUCUGGGACCUCCAGGACUGCGGCGGGUCCUUCCGCGGGCAGCGUCGGCGCGGAGCUCCCUCAUUCAGGACCAACCCACAGAAUAAAGCGAUUCUCGAAAGGGAGAGGCCGAAUAGGCCUGCGAAUAGGCCUGCGCGAGUUGCUGCAGGCCCCGAGGCUCUGAGGGACUUGGCUAAAGUCAAACCGGCUGGACGGGUCUGCCUCUCCACUCGAACUCGGGUCUUCCUGAAUCCGCAGGCUGCUCUCUCUUCACUUCCUCCAGCAUGUCCACUGUCUGCCCCGUUCCGCGCCGGUCGGUGUCGUGGGCAGGACGGUGCCUGGAUGCGGAGGGGGCCGGGGACACUCCGCGAUGGACGAUGUGGCCGCUGUGCAGCUUCUGGGGAUUCACGGAGAAUGCGACGGGCCAGGGAAGGCCGGCGGAGGCCUUGGCUGAAGCUCGGCGCCCGGGACGUUCCGGGAAGUGAGGAAUUAGUCAGUCAGUCAGUGAGCAUUUCUUCAGCAUCCCCUGCGUGCCGGGCGCUGCUGCCCGAGAGCCGGAGUCCGGCCAGUGCCAGGGACUAUGGAAGCAGGGGGUCCCCGGGCUCCCGCCGUUGGCCCUUGGCUGGCUCUGCUAGAGCCCAGAGGCUGCUCCUUUGUCCUGGCCUCGGGGUCCGAGGCGGAGCCGGCUUGGCCCGGGAGGGAGGCCAGGAGGGCUCAAGAAGGGGUGAGGCAGGGCCCUUCUUCAGCCUCCUCGUGCUCGCCUGCGCCUCUGCGGCUCCUCCUCGGCCUUGGCUUCUGCUCAGCCUCCGCUUUCUGAGAGGAUCCCUGGAACCCCUGGGGGAUGGGGAGGGGGUGGCAGCCCCCUCUUCUCUUCAUAGAGCGGCGGAGCUGGACGGGACGUUCGGGGGGCUUGUCCGAUCCCCACAUUUCACAAACCGGUCAUUAUGGGAAGGGUCACCGCACAGAGGGGCCGGGCCGGGCCGCAUCCGUCUUGUCCAGAACCUCUGGAGGGGCCCCUGGCAGGCUCUUGUCUCCCUGCGGAGAGAGACGGCGCCCGGGAGCGGGACGAGCGGAGGCGCUCGUGGAGGGCGCGGCAGGACGCCCUCUCUGGGCCUUCCACGUAUGGCGGCCCUGCGGCCCUCCGGACCGCCGAGGGAGCGAGAGGACGGACGGCCCACGGCUCCCAGUGGACGUAGACCGGCUCUGAGCACGCCUUUGGGGGCGGGUCCUGAAGGGGCUGAAUCAGAAUGUGGGUCCGUCCCAAAGGGCCCCCCACCCCUGUCCUCCCGAGGGGUGCCCAUGAGCCCUUCUCCGUGGGGGCUCCGAGCUGAGCUUAUAGAAAACUUGCAAGAACAAGUCAGAGACAAGGACAAACAGCUGAGCAACCUGAAGGACCGGGUGAAAUCACUGCAGACGGAUUCGAGUAACACCGACACAGCUCUGGCGACUCUAGAAGAGGCUUUGUCCGAAAAGGAGAGAAUCAUUGAACGCUUGAAAGAACAGCGGGAACGUGAUGAUCGAGAACGGCUAGAAGAAAUCGAAUCCUUCCGAAAAGAGAACAAGGACCUCAAGGACAAAGUCAAUGCUUUGCAAGCUGAGCUCACCGAGAAAGAGUCUAAUUUAAUUGACCUCAAGGAACAUGCCUCUUCCUUGGCAUCUGCAGGCCUGAAGCGGGAUUCCAAAUUAAAAUCCCUGGAAAUAGCCAUCGAACAAAAGAAAGAAGAAUGUAGUAAGUUGGAAGCACAAUUGAAAAAGCAAGCUGAGCAGUUGUUCAAUCAGAUGUACAACCCCGCUCAUAAUGUUGAAGAAGACUCCAGGAUGAACCCUGAAUUUGCAGAUCGAAUGAAGCAGCUGGACAAAGAAGCCUCUUACUACCGCGAUGAGUGUGGCAAAGCCCAGGCAGAGGUGGACAGGCUCCUGGAGAUCCUCAAGGAAGUGGAGAAUGAGAAGAAUGACAAAGACAAGAAAAUCGCUGAACUUGAAAGCUUGAAUUCCAGACAUAUGAAGGAUCAAAAUAAGAAAGUGGCAAACCUUAAGCACAACCAACAGCUGGAAAAAAAGAAGAAUGCCCAGUUAUUGGAAGAAGUUCGAAGGAGAGAGGAUAACAUGACAGAUAACUCCCAGCAUUUACAGUUAGAAGAGCUGAUGAAUGCGCUCGACAAGACCAGACAAGAGCUGGAUGCCACCAAAGCGCGCCUUGCCUCGACUCAGCAGUCCCUGGGUGAAAAAGAAGCCCACUUGGCCAACCUGCGGAUGGAGAGGAGAAAGCAGCUCGAGGAGAUCCUGGAGAUGAAACAAGAAGCCCUUCUGGCUGCCAUCAGUGAAAAGGAUGCCAACAUCGCCUUGCUUGAGCUGUCUGCCUCUAAGAAGAAGAAAACGCAAGAGGAAGUCAUGACUCUGAAACGUGAAAAAGACCGCUUGGUCCACCAGUUGAAGCAGCAGGUUUAUAGAUAUAAGAAACAUCCCCAGAGCAUGAACAUACCAUCCACCUGUGAUGUUGGCUUCAUCACAGAUAUUGCUGCCACCUACCUCGGCUCCAGCCAUGAUGCACACAUGAUCCCAAAGUCUCAGACCCAGAACAGAAUGAAGUUGAUGGCUGACAAUUAUGAUGAAGACCAUCACCAUUACCAUCACCAUCACCACCAUCACCAUCACCGGUCUCCUGGGAGGUCCCAGCAUUCCAACCACAGACCCUCUCCAGACCAGGUCAGUUACAUCAUCCCUUACCUUGAGCACCCCUUUUACCCUUUAGAUAUUUUAAGAUAA